CGUAUGCUCGACCAGGAUAAGAGGAUUGCCGCUGUGUUCGUCCCACCCCCAGCCGAACCCACGUGGGUGGCAUCUGCGCUGCAUCUCACAGACAAGCUCCGUUUGCAGAGGGAUGCCCAGGGAUCUGGCUGCGAGGCCAAUCGUCGGGGCAGCUUCGUUUCUCUCCAUUCCGGUCUGAGCAUGGGUGGUGGGAGCAAGGUGCCUGGCAGGCUGCAAAAAACGGCUGAGCAGCGACGGAUGGAGAAGGAGCUGCAUGACGACCCUCAUUUUCAGCGGAUCGCAGGAUAUCAGAGCGAGCUCAUGUGCUCGAACUUCCCUGGGCCAUGGGGAUAUGCUUAUCAAAUUAUGGAGGAGCUCCUUGACCAUGACAAGACGGCCAAGUUGAACUUUCCUGGCCGCUCGAUCUACAGCGGCUUCACCGUCAACUACGGUCCAAAGACCGCCACCCUUCCCCAUCUCGACUCCAACAACCACCCUGGCACCCCAUGCGUCAUCACCUGCCUCGGUUGCUUCGAUCAUCGCCGUGGUGCCCAUAUCGUCUUUCCUGGCCUGAAGGUCUUCGUCCAGUUCCCUCCCCUUUGCUCUGUCCUUCUCUCCUCUGCAGGGCUCUUGCAUGGUAACACGCAGGUACUCGGGGAUGGAGAGCGCUUCUCCAUCACUCAGUACCUCUCCGGAGGUCUGGUUCGAUACGUUGAGAUGGGGUUCCGCAACGUCAACGAGUUUGAGACCGUCGCCGAGCGCAUAUGUGCUGAUGCCCCACCCGGUGUUCGUUGGGUCGAGCAGGUUGAUAGAGUCUCCACCCCCAGCUCUCUUGUUGAAGACCGUAAGAGAAUGGUUCGGUCCCUGCUACCCAAGUCAAAGUGGGAGUUUGCGAAGUCGAAGUAG